AUGACCCAAUAUGGGCACAACAUCAACCCAAACGAAGUUCACCCUGACUUCGCCAGAUUAAGCCAUCACUUCUCCAUCAACAACGAGGCAGACCAGCAUAUAUUCGGGCUGGUGGUUCUGAACAACUGGAGCGUUGAACAGCCUGCGACAUCCAAGGUCAGAAAUGUUGCCCCUCGGCCUGCUCCAACGGUGAAGCCUUUGGAACCACCAUCUUCCCCUGGAUCGUAUCCCCGCGUCUCGCUGCCGAGACACCUCAAGGACAUUGUUGACUUCACCUACGCCAUCAGUGUGCGCGCAUCUCGCCAGCAUGCGGGUGACUUACGGACUGGAGACAUCCUCGGCACGGGCACGGAUGCGUCCUCAGGUGUCGGAUUUGGCGGGUGCGUUAGUGACCUGAAGCCAGCAAAGGCGGUUCAGUAG